AUGAGCUCUGAAAUGUCAGUUCUAACUAAGCGGUUCAAUGGUUCAUGCUCAGGCCUGCUGCCGAACGGCAACUUCGAGGAGGCGCCGCCCAAGUCGCAGCUCAACGGCACAAGGGUGAUGGGGCGCUACGCGAUACCGCACUGGGAGAUCUCGGGGUACGUGGAGUACAUCGGAUCGGGCCAGAAGCAGGGUGACAUGCUCCUGCCGGUGCCGGAGGGCGCCUACGCCGUGCGGCUGGGGAACGAGGCCUCCAUCCAGCAGCGUCUCGCCCUGACGCAGGGCGCGCACUACUCCAUCACCUUCAGCGCGGCGCGCACCUGCGCGCAGGCCGAGCAGCUCAACGUCACGGUCGCCCCCGAGUCGGACAUACUCCCCAUCCAGACGGUCUACAGCAGCAGCGGCUGGGACUCCUACUCCUGGGCCUUCAAGGCCACGGGCAGCGUCGUGUCGCUCAUCGUCCACAACCCCGGUGUCGCCGAGGACGCAGCCUGCGGCCCCCUCAUCGACUUGUUCGCCAUUAAGACCCUGCCGACUCCUCAGAGCAGCAAGAAUAAUAUGCUGAAGAAUGGGGACUUCGAGGAGGGCCCGUACAUCUUCCCCAACGCGCGGUGGGGCGUGCUGGUGCCGCCGAUGGACGAGGACGACUACUCGCCGCUGUCCCCGUGGAUGAUCCUGUCGUCCACCAAGUCGGUGAAGUACGUGGACGCGCCGCACCACGUCGUGCCGCACGGUGCCCGCGCCGUGGAGCUGGUGUCCGGCAUGGAGACAGCGCUGGUGCAGAACGUGACCACCGUUCCCGGACUGCCGUACAGGCUUCAGUUCUCGGUCGGGGACGCCGGCAACGGCUGCGUGGGCUCCAUGUCUGUCCAGGCGUACGCCGCGAGCCGGAGCGUGAAGGUGCCGUACCAGUCCCAGGGCAAGGGCGGCUACAAGCGCGGCGCGCUGGACUUCACGGCGACCGCGGACCAGACGCGGGUGGUAUUCGUCCGCAUGGGCUACAUCAUGAAGCCCGACGGCACGCUCUGCGGACCCGUCGUCGACGACGUCUCGCUAGUCUGCACGCGAAACCGUCCUGCUCGCCGCUUGCUUCUGUGA